AUGAUGAAUAUGGAUGGUUCCGCAGGAGAAAAUACGGUCAGUCUUGGGCAAGGUGAUGAUCAACAAAUGAUAACAUUAGCUGACCGAGAAAAUUAUAUAGCACGAUUAACAAAUUAUUUCAAUGGCAAUCGAGAAAUGGCUAAACAUCUCGAUGAUCAAGCGAUCACGAGAAGCGGUGGAAAAGCAGCACUGUACAGAAAAGUUUUACAAAUGUUAUUACCACCAAGAAAUCAACAGAUGCCACAGCAACAACCGAUGAUGAUUCCACAGCAACAACAACAGCAGCAACAGCAACAGCAACAACAACAGCAACAACAACAACAACAACAACAACAACAACAACAGCAGCAGCAGCAAAUGUAUAUGUCUUCUCAACAACAACAACAACAGCAGCAGCAGCAGCAACCACCACCUUCAUCGUAUACGAUGCAACCAAUGGUAUCCACACCUUCAUCAUCAGCUAUGAUACCUGGUACUCCCUCAAUGAUGAAUGUGAAACAAGAACCUCAAGUGCCACCAAUGUCUAAUAAUCAAAUGAGAGCUAAUCCUCAAAAUUUUUCUAUCCAACAGCAGCAACAACAACAAAUUAAACAAGAAUUGAUGAUGCCACCUACUCCGCAACAACAGCAGCAGCAGAUUAAACAAGAAAUGAUGAUGCAAUCGAUGCAGCAGCAGCAGCAACAACAACCACCGCAACCCGGAAUGCACGCUACACAAAUGAGACAGCAGCAGCCAUCACAAUACAAUGCACAACAACAACAACAACAACAACAACAAAUUCUUCCCAAUCAGCCCCCACAAAGUACACCACAACAGCGUACUAUCGUUCAGCAUUUACAACAAGUACGCCAACAGAAUCAUCUCAAUCAACAGCAGCAACAACAACAACAAGAAUUUACUAAUGUUGCGCAAAUGCAGCAACAACAUCCAUCCAAUCCUUCUGCACUAUCUCAAUCGUCUUCGGCACCAAUGACGCCUGCUCCAACAUCUGCUGGAAGCUCAGAUGAAAUUCUUCAACAACUCCUUACCAGUCCAAAUCCACCAAAGCAACUGCCAUCAGGCAUGUCUCAAAAUGCUGCUCAAGCAAGACUACGCACCAUGAAUCGUAACAUUCGUAAUCCACCACCAUCAGUAGCACAGAUGACUCCACAACAGCAACAACCUAGUCCGAUGACUCCAGGUUCGGAUCCGAUGAUGACUGGCAACAUUCCAUCACCUCAUUCUCAUCCAGGUAUGAUGCAACAACCACCCACGCCCCUAGGACCACCUGGUCAAAGUCCUCUAGCACGUUAUAUGAUGGCACAAUCGCCACAACCUGGUGUUUACCGUCCACAAAUGUCCCCAAUGAAUAUGAUCAAUUAUGCAGGUAGUCCAACAGCAAUGAUUGAUGAAGAAAUGCAUUUUCUAUUUAAAUACUUCACCGAACGCAUCCAUUACUUAGCUCGAGUAAUUACUCGAUGUCAGCAAGAAGGUCAGCAUGACAAAGUAGCUAAAUAUCGGCAACUGCAUGAUCAAAUGGCAACAUUUGUUCGAAAUCCUGUUCCCGAACAUUUAGUAGCUGCGCGUCGUUUGAAAGAACAUGUUGAUCGAAUUCUCGAUCCGCGAAUGUUCGGACCGGUUAUGAUGCCACCCAUGAUGGACAUGGCCGGAAUGGGACCAUCUGGACCGAAUGGUGGUCGUUUUAUGACCAAUGGAAUUUUCGAACAAUGUCAACGUGCUAUCGUAGAUUAUCUGGGUAAAGAUUCAACAUUGAAAUACAGCGUGUCGAAACGCUUUCUCGAGCCCUUGAAUGAAGUUCUCAACGGUGUACCCUACAGAAACAUACGAUUGGACACCGAAACAGUCGAACGUUCGUCAUCGUCAGAAAAUACUCAAUCUCCACCAUCUCUUGCAGAUAUCAUUGAAAAUGAAUUUGCCAAUCUAUCCAUGAAUAUCUACACCUAUGAGUUGAAACCAUUGUCAGAUAAAUUAUCUUCAUCGUCAACCACCGAUAUAAAAGAAUCUUCUAGUCGUGAUUAUGAACUAACCUGUCGUUUUAUUGAAAUGAACAUGCCUGUUGUUCCACCGAUAAAAAUGAAAUUAUCCGUGCGGUAUCCAAAUGAGCCACCUGAAGUUCUUUCUUUAACAUCAACAACCUCAUGUCAUACGCCAGCCAAACUUGAAAAUUCAGAUGGUCAUUCAUUUUUCGAAUCAAUCUCUCGCAAUUUUAUAUAUUUUUUAUUUAAACUACCGGCUCAGCACACGGUCACUGAUGUUUUAGAUAUAUGGCGUACUGCUAUUCAAAAUGCUUCCUCAUCACAAGAUACAACCUAA